UUUCCUUCCUCUCUCUCCCUUUCUCUCUCUCUCUCUUUUUCUCUCUCUCUCUAAUGAUGAAGUAAAAAGCCCCAUGAUUGGUGGAGGCCAGCGCCAAGGAACCCAAACCCGAGCCCGGAGCUGUGAGCUGAGUAGCGGGGUAGGCAGCGCUUUCUCCCGGUCGGUAACGCAGCUUCUCCCGGCGCGCGCGCGCCUCUCUCUGUGCGGGUGCUCCUCCGCUGUGUUUUAAGGCGAGGCGAGGCGUGCGGCGCGAGCACGCGGGUCCCGCGCGGGCGGGCACGCGGAGCGGAGGGGCCGCCGGAGGUGCACAAUGGUCGCUCGCGCUGCUGCUGCUCGGCUCUCACACAAGCUUUAGAGAAUAGAGAAGCGCCGCGCGCGCUGCGUGACGGACGCGGCCGCCAAUGGGAAGGGGCGCGCGGGCAGCUGCGCCGGCGAGCGGCCAAUGGGAGCGCGCGGAGCCCGGGCUCGGCCGGGGUUAGGCUGUUGCUGCAGCGGGCAGCGCUAAACUUCACCAAAUAAUAGCUGUUUGUGUUUUGGCUGCUGCAGGAGCCAUUUUAGAUGCAGACACAAAAUUCCAGAAAAAAUGAAAAUACAAAAGAAGGAGAAGCAGAUGUCUGCUGCCCACAUUUUAAAGCACACACAAGCCUCUGCAGCAGCUACUGCCUCCGACCAAAACGCACAAACUACAUUUCCCAUCGGCCAUUUCGGCAAGGAGCAGAUCCGCAUCAUCGGAGGGCCCGCCAGUCACUGCAUGGCCCAUGUCGCCAGCCCCAGUCCCCACCCCUCUUCGUCACCGGUCAACAGUGAGGAGGACGAUGGAGGGGGUGGGGCCAGGGUGAGGAAAAAACGGAAGAAAAAAGACAAGAAAGAAAUGAGAGACUGGCAGCAGACGGAGCGAGAGAGCGACAUCAGACCAAAGAAAAAGAAGGAGCAGAAAGAAGGGAAGAACCUGCUUCACAAGAAGCCCAGGACACCCAAGGAGGAGAAGGAGGCCAAGAAGAAAGAAGGGAAGCCGGUGAAAGAGUCAAAAAAGGUCAAGAAAGACCAAGAGGUCAAAACAAAAGCGCAGACCAAGUGUCUGACCUCACCUCCCAGACAGAGAGGGAGGAAGCCAAAAGAGCAGGGGGCUGUCCCCCCGGAGAAGAGGAAGAAAGGGAAGCGGAAAAGCGAGACCCUGCAGGAGGCGGCGGAGAGCGACGACACCGCCUCGCUCUGCACUCUGGCUACAGGAGGAGAGGAGAGCACCGACCCCAUGGACCACACUAAGAGGCGUUCAGGCCGACAGGUGAAGAGGAGGAAGUAUAAUGAAGAUCUGGAUUUUAAGGUGGUGGAUGACGACGGGGAGACGAUUGCUGUUUUAGGAACAGGACGAAUCCCUGCCAUGCCCUCCUCCACCCUCGCCUGGCAGGCCGAGGAACCCCCUGAAGACGAUGCUAACAUCAUUGAGAAGAUCCUGUCUGUUCGCUCGGUGAAGAAAGAGAUGUCCCCCGGGGAGUCACCUGAGGAGCUGGAGGAGUUUUAUGUCAAGUACAGAAAUUUCUCCUACCUUCACUGUAAAUGGGCGACACUGGAGGAGCUGGAGAAGGACCCACGCAUUCACCAAAAAAUCAAACGCUUCAGAAACAAGCAGGCACAGAUGAAGCACAUCUUCACAGAGCCGGAUGAAGACCUCUUCAACCCCGACUACAUAGAAGUAGAUAGAGUUUUGGAGAUUGCGAUCACCACCGACACGGAGACAGGAGAGGAGGUGACGCACUACCUGGUGAAGUGGUGUUCUCUGUCCUACGAGGAAAGCACCUGGGAGCUGCAGGAGGACGUAGAUCCGGUGAAGAUCCGCGAGUUCGAGGAGCUCAAGAGAAUUCCAGAAAAUAAACACGCUGAAAGGCCUUUACCAGAGCAGUGGCAAAAGCUGGAGAAGUCGAGAGAUUACAGGAACGGAAACCAGCUGAGAGAAUACCAGCUGGAAGGCAUGAACUGGCUCCUCUUUAACUGGUACAACAGGAAGAACUGUAUUCUUGCGGAUGAGAUGGGUUUGGGAAAGACCAUCCAGUCCAUCACGUUCCUGUAUGAGAUGUUCCUCAUGGGUCUGAGGGGGCCGUUCCUCAUCAUCGCCCCUCUCUCCACCAUCACUAACUGGGAGAGAGAGUUCCGGACCUGGACCCAGAUCAACGUCAUCGUUUAUCACGGGAGUCAGAUCAGCCGGCAGAUGAUCCUGCAGUACGAGAUGUACCACAGAGAUCAGCAGGGGAAUAUAGUAGCUGGUCAGUUUAAGUUUCACGGUGUGAUCACUACGUUUGAGAUGAUCAUGGCUGAUUGUCCUGAGCUGAAGAAGAUUAACUGGCGCUGUGUGGUGAUUGAUGAAGCUCAUCGACUGAAGAACCGUAACUGUAAACUGCUGGAGGGACUCAAACUAAUGAACCUGGAACAUAAAGUUCUCCUGACAGGAACUCCUCUGCAGAACUCAGUGGAGGAACUCUUCAGUCUGCUGAACUUCCUGGAGCCGAUGCAGUUCCCCUCAGAGAGCACGUUUCUGGAGGAGUUUGGAGAUCUGAAGACUGAGGAACAGGUUAAGAAGCUCCAGGCCAUUCUGAAGCCCAUGAUGCUGAGGAGACUGAAGGACGAUGUGGAGAAGAAUCUGGCGCCCAAAGAAGAGACCAUCAUCGAGGUGGAGCUCACCAACAUCCAGAAGAAGUAUUACAGAGCCAUCUUAGAGAAGAACUUCGCCUUCCUGGCUAAAGGAGCCAAUCAGCACAACAUGCCCAACCUCAUCAACACCAUGAUGGAGCUGCGCAAGUGCUGCAACCACCCUUACCUCAUCACAGGUGCUGAGGAAAAGAUUCUGGAGAGCUUCAGGAAGAACCAUAAUCCUGAUGCUCCAGAUUUUCAGCUCCAGGCUAUGAUCCAAGCAGCCGGGAAACUGGUGCUGAUCGACAAGCUGCUGCCCAAACUGAUCGCUGGGGGACACAAGGUGCUGAUAUUCUCUCAGAUGGUUCGGUGCUUAGACAUUCUGGAGGACUACCUCAUUCAGAGGAGGUAUACGUAUGAGCGUAUUGAUGGGAGGGUGCGGGGGAACCUGCGGCAGGCGGCUAUUGAUCGGUUCUGUAAGGUGGAUUCUGAUCGCUUCGUCUUCCUGCUCUGCACCAGAGCCGGGGGUCUGGGCAUCAACCUCACCGCUGCAGAUACCUGCAUCAUCUUCGACUCGGACUGGAACCCACAGAACGACCUGCAGGCUCAGGCACGCUGCCAUCGGAUUGGUCAGAGUAAAGCGGUGAAGGUGUAUCGUCUCAUCACUCGUAACUCGUAUGAAAGGGAGAUGUUUGAUAAGGCCAGUCUGAAACUGGGGCUGGAUAAAGCUGUUCUUCAGGACAUCAACCGCAAGGGCAGUCUGAACGGGGUUCAGCAGUUGUCUAAGAUGGAGGUGGAGGAUCUGCUGAGGAAGGGGGCGUACGGGGCGCUGAUGGAUGAGGAAGAUGAAGGCUCAAAGUUCUGUGAGGAAGAUAUCGAUCAGAUUCUGCAGCGCCGCACUCAGACCAUCACCAUUCAGUCUGAGGGCAAGGGAUCUACUUUUGCAAAGGCGAGUUUUGUGUCGUCUGGAAAUCGGACAGACAUCUCUCUGGACGACCCGAACUUCUGGCAGAAGUGGGCGAAAAUCGCGGAGCUGGAGAUCGACUCUAAAGCUGAGAAGGACAGUCUGGUGAUAGAUACUCCUCGUGUGAGGAAGCAGACGCGUCACUACAACUCGUUUGAGGAUGAUGAGCUGAUGGAGUUCUCUGAGUUGGACAGUGACUCUGAGGAGCGUCCCUGUCGCUCUCGGCGCUUCGGGGACCGCAGCCGCCGCUAUCUCCGAGCAGAGUGCUUCAGAGUGGAGAAGAACCUGCUCAUAUUUGGGUGGGGGAGGUGGAAGGAUAUUCUGAAUCACGGGCGUUUUAAGUGGCACCUCACAGAGAGGGAUAUGGAGGUGCUCUGCCGGGCGCUGCUCGCCUACUGCGUCCGUCAUUACAAAGGAGACGACAAGAUCAAGAGCUUCAUCUGGGACUUAAUCACCCCCACCAAGGAUGGGCACAACCAGGCGCUGCAGAACCACUCCGGUCUGUCGGCUCCGGUGCCUCGGGGUCGUAAGGGGAAGAAGAUGAAGAACCAGUUGAGUCCUCCUGAGAUGAAGAAUGCGGAUUGGCUGGUGCACUGUAACCCAGAGGUGGUGCUUCAGGACGACAGCUACAAGAAACACCUGAAACAGCACUGCAACAAAGUGCUGCUGAGGGUACGGAUGCUGUAUUACCUGAAGGCCGAGGUGCUCGGUGAGGCUGCUGGUCAGGCUCUAGAAGAAAUCCCAGCCAGCAAACUGGAGGUGGCGUUGCCUGAUAUUGACUACAUUGAAAUCCCCACUAGUUGGUGGGACGCAGACGCAGAUAAAUCUCUGCUGGUUGGAGUUCAUAAACACGGGUAUGAGCGCUACAACGCUAUGCGUGCAGAUCCUCAGCUCUGUUUUCUGGAGCGAGUAGGGAUGCCAGAUGUCACGGCACUCACAGCAGAGCAGGCCGGGGCGGAGGUGGUGACGGACGCACCUGACAGCGUGAGUAAGAGCGAUGAUCUAAAGGAGGAAGUUGAUGCAAAGCCAGAAGAACUGGAGGAGAAAGAAGAGAGAAAGGAGGAGGCGAGCCCUUUACCAGAGGAACCGGUGAGACCUGACAGCGCUGUGGAAGUAGAGUGUUUUCCGGACGGGCAGGUUCAGGAGGUGGUGGAUCAGGGCCGGGCUCUGUGGCCGGCGGGUCCCGCUCUCACUGCGAGGUUACGGCGGUUGAUCACGGCGUAUCAGCGCUACACGCGCCGCGAGCCGCUACGCCACGACUUCCUGAUGCACGAGGGGAUGGGGUCGGUUGCCUGGCAACUGGGCGACGACCUGCGCCGCUGCACAGCGGAGCCCGACCCGCUGUUCUUAGAGUGGCAGAGAAGGUGGACCCGGCGUGAACAGGCGGAUUUCUACCGCACGGUCUCAUCGUUCGGGGUGGUCUACGACCCCGAGAAGAAGACCUUCGACUGGAACCAGUUCAGAGUCUUCGCUCGUCUGGAGAGGAAAACAGACGAUAGUUUGGAGAGAUAUUUCUGGAGCUUCGUUUCUAUGUGCCGAACUGCCUGCAGACUCCCACCACGGAAAGAUGAAGGUCCCGUAGACCCCAGUAUAAUCGUGGAUCCCGUGACGGAGGAGCGAGCCGCCCGGACGCUGUACCGUAUCGAGCUCCUGAGGAAGGUGCGUGAGCAGGUGCUGCGUCACCCUCACCUGAGCGAGCGUCUGAAGCUCUGCCGGCCCAGCCUCUACCUGCCCGUGUGGUGGGAGUGCGGCAAGCACGACCGCGACCUUCUGAUCGGCGUGGCCAAGCACGGCCUGAGCCGAACCGACUUCUACAUCCUCAACGACUCCAACCUGUCCUUCCUGGAGGCUCAUCGCAACUACGUCCACAAAGAGAACUACGGAUACCCGGUUUCAGGCUUACCGGCGCACCAGCACUGCUGCCUGUACGACUCCAGUCUGGGUCACUGCCAUUCUCCCCAGCCUCCAGAGUACCAUCCUCCACCUCUACACCCGACACAAGCUCACCAUCACCACCACCAUCACCACCUGCACGCUCACGGACACGCCCAAGCCUCAGAAGCUACGGCCAUGUCAGAUAUAAGUGCACAUGCUAGAGAAGGAUUCCUGGACUGCCCAGCUUUGGACGACUCUUUGGAGCUGGGGUCUCUCCAGCAUGAAGGCUUGGCGUCGGAUUCGCUCCACGGCAAGUCCGGCAAGGAGGCCUUCAAUGGAUUUCCAUUUAACUCAGCGUCUGCUGGACAGAGUAUGCUAAACUCGUACGGCGUGCAAGGAGAGCUGAGUGGUGCACAAGGAGACAUGGCUGAUUCCAUAGCUGGGAAGCUCCGGAGCGACGUUUUAGUGGGAGAGCAAGGUUCCUCAGAGGAGACCGGUUUAAUGGCACCGUCGGUGGAGUUGAACGAGCUUCAGACGCCGUGGGAAAGCUCGGACCACGCUGAAACCUCCGACAUCUUCACCGAAGCGGACCCUAUCUUGGGUACGCCCGCACUGGAAGCGGAAUUCCUGGACCCGGCUCAAACUGAAGACGGCCAAGAACGAGACGACCCUCUUACGGAUUGCUUGAGCAUGCCCAGUUCCGACUCGCAGAGCAACCCGGUGGAACCGCUAGCACCAAGCUUCAUGCUGUUCAAGGACCUCAACGUCGGAGAGACGUCCGUUGAGCAGACGGAUUUGGCCGCGAGCCCGCACGAGUACAUUCCCCCGCCGCCUCUCGCACUUUCAGACGUGAGCAUGGACCAAGCCGAGCCUAUCAGCGAAGAGCUCGAGGACAAGCUGAACGACUCCGACCUCACGCACAGUGAUCCCAGUCCAGAACGUGUGGAGUACCAGUUCGAGAAAGUUGAGAAAGAUCCUUCUCAAGGUGGCGAAAGUCCCUUGCAAACCGAUGAGACGGCCAAGGAAACACAAGAGAACAAGAGAGCAGAAUCUCCAGAACCUUCAGAGGAAAACCAUCUAGAGCCCUUAAAAGCAGAGUGUAGCGUAUCGUUUGAUGAAUCCAGUGAGGAGCAGCAGAUGGAUCCCUGUGAUCCGUGUGAAGUGUCCUUGGAAGAACCUUGUGAAAAACUCCUAAUGGAGUCCGGUGGUAAAGUGCCCUUACAGGAACCCUACACUACACCCUCCAAAGAUGCCCUGGAGGAAUCGUACGAAGGGUCCCCUCAAGACCCUCAAAGUCUUGAGGAACAAAUGGAGAAACAACCCUCAGAACCUGGAAAAGAACCGUUAGAACCAGUGGUGGAGAAUUCUCCAGAAGAAGAUCCUGCUCUCUCCACAGAAGAGCCUCUGCCCUCGUCGUUUCCCCUAUCUCCCGCUCUCUCCAGCUCGGCUCCAGAGAACCACGAGUUCCCAGAGUCCGAAGUGGUUCCUCAGAUAAAGCAGGAGUUCCUGCUGGGUCCAGGAGGAGGGUGUGAGGUCAAGCCUGAGCCGGACAGCACCACGCUGACCCCUCACCUGGACCAGAAUCCUGUUCUGGAGGUGAAGGACGAGAUUAAGGAAGAGGAAACCAAGAGUCCUCCUGCUCUGCUGGGAGAUGGUUUUGUAGAUGCUCCUCGCUUCGCUGCAGCAGGAUGUGAUGUGUCAGACAGUCUGCAUGAUGUUCGAGAGCCGACCAUCGCUCAGCUCCUGCAGGAGAAAGCUCUGUACUCCUUCUCUGAGUGGCCGAAGGACAGAGUCAUCAUCAGCCGGAUCGACAGUGUCUGUCACGCGGUGUUAAAGGGGAAAUGGCCGUCCUCCAGUCAGCAGUACGAUUCUCCCGGCUCAGCGACCAAUACCUGUAUCUCCAGCAGCGCCACGCCCAGAGCCGGCUUUCUACCUGCCAGGAUGCCUCUACCUCAGAGCCUUAACUUCAACCUCUCACACUCCGUUCCCCGCAUUCAGAAGGAGCGCAUGGUGACCCCUGCGUUCCUCCCUGACCUCAAGCGCCCCAGGCGUGGGUUCGAGUUCGAGGCCGAGGUUCUCGCUAAGUCCAGCCACCUCGGAGAGAAGAUCCAGGUUGGCGUCGGCCACCGCGGCGGCGCCCUCCUCCUGAACGGCUGGCAGGAAGCAGCCAUGGACCUCUCCAAGCCGACAGAGCUUACAGUCGGCGGGGAGGCGGGCACUGUGAGUCACAUGACCCAUACUGUCCAAUCAGCACCUCAUAAGAUCCCUGGCCUGAGCUCGAUGGGAUUGGACAUGGCCGGUAUCCUGCAGGCGGGUCUGAUUCACCCCGUCACCGGGCAGAUCGUUAACGGGAGCCUCCGGCGCGACGAGUCGAUGAUGAGGAGGAGGAGAGGAAGAAGGAGAAACGUGGAGGAAACAGACCUGAGCUUCAUGAAGGGGCAGGGCCUCCAUUUACCUGAACAACAGGGGAGAUCUGAGGGUAUAAACCACGCCAUCGUAUCGUCCACCUCCUCCCAGUCUGAGCGUCCUUCAGCCUCUCCUUCAGCUCCUCCUCCUCCUCCUCCUCCUCCCACAGAGCCGCUGAUCACCAGCGCUCACCGGGAGGCAGCCAGUAAAAGCCUGAUGGAGUGGCUGAGACAGAACCCCACCUACAGCAUGGAGCUCCCAGCCUUCCCACCCGUCACUGUGGCUCAGACUACAGGCAUGAUUCACAGUUUUGUUGAACGUCCAAAGCAGAGAAGACAUCGCUGUAAAGACCCGACUAAGCUGGAUGUGAAUUCACUGACGGGAGAGGAGAGAGUUCCUGUAGUGCACAGAGGAACGGGUCGCCGGCUGGGUGGCGCUAUGGCACCGGCCAUUAAGGAGCUCUCCCGUUGGCUGGACGCAAACUCUGAGUAUUACGUAGCUCCUGAUUGGGCGGAUGUAGUGAAACAUUCAGGUUUCCUUCCGGAAGGAAAGUUCACGCGUAUCCUCACCGAGCCGGUGAACAGGGACUCGGCCGCACGCCGGCGAGGAAGACGACCUCGCAACGAGAUGCCCAAAGCCCCCGAGCUCCCCGCGGGUUUGGGGCCGCUCUUUAUGAACGGGGGGCUCAUCGGUAGCAUGGAUUUGGUUAGUUUACCCAACCUUCGCAACGUCCCCGGCAUCCCCAUAACUGGGCUGAUGGGUUUUCCUCACGGUUUCGCGGCUGCUCUUCCGGGAGAAGAUGCUAAGAGCAGCCUGGGGAUGCUUCCCAUGAUGCUCCACAGUAUGCCGGCGGUGCAGCCGCCUCUGUACAGCGCUCACGUGAGCAGGAUGAUGAACCAGUCGUCGCCGUCCACCGCAGCCUCUGCUGUUGCUUCUGCUGCGUCUGCGUCCGCCUGCUCGUCUUUAUCGUCGUCCUCCUCCAGCACGGCUACGGUGACGUCCACCAGCGCCAGUAAUGCUGUCGCCAACAUGGCCUUGACCCCGAGCCCGGCGGACAGCUCCAGCGCGGAGAGAGCCAGCCCCGAGUCCAGCAGCGACAGACGCAGCACCGACGAGCGGCCGCAAGGAGACGACGACAGGAAAUCGGCGAGCGCUGUCGCUACCGCCGCUGCUGUAGCUGCCGCCUCCAUGGCGACUAGCAGCAGCAGUGCCAGCAUCACGAGCACUGGCAGCCAUUUGGCCUUUAAUCCCUUCCUGAUCCCGGGAAUGUCUCACGGACUGCUGUACCCGCACAUGUUCCUGCCGCACGGCAGCAUCAUGGCGCUUCCGGCCAUGCCGGCGGCGGACAGCACCGGCAGCCCUAAGCGGAGGAGAAAGAAAGCCGGGCUGGAAGGAGGCGGAGGUCUGGGAGUAAGCGUAGGCGUAGGAAUAGGCGUAGGAGUUGGAAUAGGAGGAGUUGUAGGUGCACAAGUGGAAGCUUUGGAGACGAAAUUGUUGAGAAGUGAACAGACGCCGGAGAACAAGACCAGCGCCACAGACGCCACCGAGGCCGCGGACGCCACCAGAGCCGAGGUCAAAACAGCAGCAGCAGACUGGAGCUCUGAGAACACUGAAACAGUGGUGGAGGAAAGGGAAGCAGCAGAUGCAGCUGCUGCAACAGCAGGAGAAGAAGAAAAAGUAAAAGAAGAAGAAGAACCGGUCUCGACUGUAUCUGUAUCGGAGACGCUGUAGACGCCGUGCUGUAGACUCAACAGACAGUACAGACAGUACAUUUGUGUGUCGUGUCGGUAAAAGUUUGUGUAAAGAACUUUAAUUAUCCACUUGUUAAUGUUUAUAGAUCUGCUGCCUAAUCGAAAAAAAAAAAACAAACAACAGGUGACAUAAAUAGCAUGCACACGCUUACAGGUCUCAGUACCGCACAGGUCCUCAUCAACAUUUUCAGUGUUAGGGUCACGGGAAUAAAAAGUCCUGAGGGGUCCUGAAAAAAGUCCUGAGGGGUCUCUGGACCCGCUGUGCCUGAGGAAGAGGAGGAGGAGGAGGAGGAGGACGACAUGCUUCAGCUCUGCGUUCGGUCGACAGUCAGAUCAGACGAAUCCUUUCCUUUGUCCUUUUACUUUUUUAUUUUUAUUUUUUUCCAUGUAAACUCCUCCUGGAUGCUGGGAAACUUCUGAAACAGGGUGCUCUCUGAUGCAUAUUAAUAUAAAAUAAGAGAGGGGGUGUUAAAUCUAGUCUGAUCUGAUAUUUCUCAUGAUAAGACUGAGUUACAAAAGAUAAAAGUUGAUUUUUUUAAUUAACUCGAUUUAGACAUUCUUUUAAUCAUGUUUAACCCUCUAUUAUAGCAUGGUUUUCAUAUUUGUUCAGUAAUUUUAGCCUAAUUUUUAAGAGCUUGAAGAUUCCUGUUGAUAUAUAAAAAUAUCAAAAUAAAACAACCACUGCUAACCACACUUUCAAAUAAAAUGCAUUAAAAUGCAUUAAAAGGACAAUGCAAUAACAAAAAAAGUGCUUCGUUGCCUAAAAGCAACAUCAUGCCAUAAAGGAUUAAUAGAGUCUAAAUAAUCUGUUUAAAAAUCGUUUAACUUUUAACUAAAAUGUGUGAAUUGAAAGCAAAAAUGUGUCUGUAAAACAAGGUGGGGGUUAAAUCUAGUUUGAUAUUUCUCAUGAUAAAACUGCAUUACAAAGGAUAAAAGUUGAUCAUUUUCAUGUAAAAAAAAAGAAUAUAAAACUCUUGUAAUUCUAAAUGAUCUGUUUAAAACUUAACCCUCUAUUAUAGCAUGGUGUUGCCCUCAGUCAACAAACCUCUUUUUUUGAUUAUUAAUACACCAUCCCUUUAAUUUUAGUAACAGUUUUUAGUAAAAAUUCUCAAAACAUCACAUUUAGCUUUUUAUUUACUAACUAAAACCCCUUUAUUGGAAAUAAUGCUAAGCAGUGGUGGUUGUUAUUUUCUUUUCAGAAAUAAAGUGAUUGAAAUCUGUUCUGUAAAGGGUUAAAACAUGUAAAAAUAUGAAUAAAAGUAAGUUUUAAGUAACUAUUCUUUAAGUGAGAAAUAUCUGAACUAUUAAUUAUAUAUUAAGACUAGAUUUAAGACGCCUUUAAAAGUGAAGCGUUUUUUGCAGUGCAGUAAAGGAGAAAAAAAAAGUUUGAGAAAGAAAGAAAGAAAAAUUAAAACUAACUAAAAGUUGAUUAGAGAUUUUAAUGAACACGCCACGUUUCUAAAGGUUAUAUUAUAAUAAAACGAGACGUUUUCCUGAGGUGCUUAAUCAGAAUCGCUGCUGUUCUGAUCCACCACACGUCAGACUCCACCCCCUGUUAGCUGCUGCUAUGUGUCUUCUUUUUAGUGGAAAAACAUCUAAGAGUAAAAAGAUAAUCUAUAAAAUGAAAUAAUUACUAAGUGCAACACAUCGAGUGCAAUGGAAGCUUAGAAACAGUGGAACUCAGAACGGAUCUGUGGAGAAAGAAAGCAGAGAACAAUCCAGAGAUUCAUUUUAUCGUCUGUCGUUUUUCUUUUCCUGAGAUUUUCCCACGUCGUCACUUUGAAACGGAGCCGUCAGACUCGCUCUGAGCUGCAGGAGGAGCGGGGCAGCUUUUAGUGCCAUAAAUGAGCUGAUUUUAGGGAGUUUUUAACAGGAUGGGAGAGGAACAGGGUGAAGGAGGAGGUGUGGAGAUUUUGGUGUGAAUGUGUAGAAACAUCUCAUUAGUAGAGGUGGGCGAUAUGACCUAUAAAAAUAUAUAUAUCACAAUGCAAUUGCAUGAUCAGAACAUUUUAUUUAUUAUUUUUCAGCUAAAACAGAGCAGUAGCAGUAAUACUGUUGUUUUUAUGCUCUGAAAUUUACUAAAAAAAAAGACAAACACUAAAAAUCUAAACACUAAAAAAUAUUACCAAUAUAUCAGUAUAAUUCUGAUAUUUCUUAUGAUAAAAUUGCGUUACCAAGGAUUAAAGUUUAAUUUAG